UCAAAGUCGUCGUCGAACUCUUCUCCUCCGGUACAGGGUACUGUCGUCAUCCGGGGAAGCUCUACUCGGCCCUUCUCGCAUCGUUCCUCCUCUCCUCGCCGUCGCACGAAGUUAUGAGGUGAACUCGUGGCGUCGCCGUCGCGAAGGGUUCCUCCGCUCCUCGCGUGGGUCGUCGCUGCUUCUCCCCUCCUCGCCGUUUUUGGUUGUUGCCCCUUCUCUUCUCCUCUGAUUUUAGGUAACUCUGUCUCACUCUCAUCGCGAGCUCACUCUGCUUCACACUCUCCGAGCUCACUUUGUCAUCGCCGUUCUUCUCUCGCCAUCUCUCCGUGGGGGGUUUUGUGGAGGGUAAAAGGGGGUGUUUCAGAACCAUCAAUUUUCUCGUUGGAUUCUCUUAGGUUUUGAACGGAGUGAGUGAAGUUCUCAGCUCCCUCCACUCCCCCGUUGGGAGAAAAACGGAGAGAGAUUGAAUUUGCAUCGAACAGUGAAAAAGAACCUGUUUUUGGUGCAAAAGAAGAUAUUUUUGGAAGAUGAAAGCUGAGAAACCAAUCUGGGUUAGGCAUGAGGGUAUGCAAAUUUUCUCCAUUGAUGUUCAACCAGGUGGCCUACGCUUCGCUACUGGCGGUGGUGACCACAAGGUUCGCAUAUGGAAUAUGAAGUCUGUUUCUCUAGACUUGGCAAAUGAUGACUUCACUCAGAGGCUUCUUGCCACCCUGCGGGAUCAUUUUGGGUCUGUUAACUGUGUUAGGUGGGCUAGGCAUGGGAGGUAUGUUGCAUCGGGGUCUGAUGACCAGGUGAUAUUGAUUCAUGAGAGAAAACCUGGUUCAGGAACCACUGAAUUCGGCAGCGGAGAGCCACCAGAUAUUGAAAACUGGAAAGUUGCGAUGACUUUGAGAGGGCACACCGCAGAUGUGGUGGAUCUCAAUUGGUCACCUGAUGACUCCACAUUGGCUAGUGCGAGUUUGGACAAUACUAUCCAUAUAUGGAAUAUGAGCAAUGGCAUUUGUACUGCUGUUCUAAGGGGCCACUCUAGCCUUGUUAAGGGGGUUGCUUGGGAUCCUAUUGGAUCUUUUAUAGCAAGUCAAUCUGAUGAUAAGACUGUCAUUAUUUGGCGAACUAGUGAUUGGAGUCUUGCUCACAGGACAGAUGGUCACUGGGCAAAAUCACUUGGAUCAACCUUUUUUAGACGGCUUGGAUGGUCUCCCUGUGGUCAUUUUAUCACCACUACUCAUGGCUUCCAGAAGCCGAGGCAUUCAGCGCCUGUCCUAGAGAGAGGGGAAUGGUCUGCAACAUUUGACUUCUUAGGACACAAUGCCCCAGUUAUUGUGGUGAAAUUUAACCAUUCAAUGUUCAGAAGAAAUUUUUCCGAUGCUCUAGAAGGGAAGUCUGUACCUGUUGGGUGGGCCAAUGGUGCUUCCAAGAUAGGAAGCAAAGAGGCACAACCAUAUAAUGUUAUUGCCAUUGGAAGUCAAGAUCGAACUAUAACAGUGUGGACGACUGCAAGUCCUCGUCCUCUCUUUGUGGCUAAGCAUUUCUUCACACAAAGUGUUGUGGAUUUAUCUUGGAGCCCUGAUGGAUAUUCACUUUUUGCGUGUUCCUUGGAUGGAACUGUGGCCAAGUAUAAUUUCGAGGUGAAUGAACUUGGUCAGAGGCUAAAUGAUGCUGAAUUAGAUGAGUUGAAGAAGAAUCGCUAUGGUGAUGUCAGAGGGCGUCAAGGAAACUUAGCGGAAAGUCCAGCACAAUUAUUGCUAGAAGCAGCUUCUGCCAAGCAAACACCUAGCAAAAAAGUGGUUUCUGAUAUCCAACCAAACGAAAUAAUCGCAAAACCUCAUGUCAAUGUCACCAUUGCUACAAAGACAGUUGAGCCGCAAGUUGGUGAUAGUAAGAAGAAUGGAGGUCCUGUUGGUGAUGGGUCAACCAAAGUUAUGAACUCUGUCCGGAUUUCUAGCCCAGUUAAACAAAGAGAAUAUCGAAGACCUGAUGGUCGAAAAAGAAUUAUUCCAGAAGCAGUUGGAAUCCCUGCUCUUUCCCCUCCUGGUUUCUGAUAACAGAAAGGGUACUAAUGGGGUUUUACCCAAUGAUGACGGCAUAAGAGGUAGUACCUUCAGUGGAGCACUUGGCCGAAAUUCAGAUUUGAAAGAACGUUCUGGGGUUACUGCUAGGGCCACAAUAUCUGAGAGCCUAGUGAUUGAGAAGGUCCCAGCUACUACUGGAAGGGAAGGAAUCAUCAAUGUUGAGCAGUUGGGAAAUUCAGCAACUUCUAGUUCCUCGACUGCUUCUGGUGCAAGUCUUUCCAUCAGGGUAUUUGAUAAGAAAGGUGGAGACGAUACUUCACCUAUUUGUUUGGAAGCACACCCAAGAGAACAUGCCGUGAAUGACAUUGUAGGGGUGGGAAGUACGUCCACAAUGAGAGAAACAGAAAUCUCUUGCACAAAGGGGACUCAAGUACUGUGGUCUGAUAGGAUAUCCGGAAAAGUCACUGUCCUAGCUGGAAAUGCAAAUUUUUGGGCAGUUGGGUGUGAAGAUGGAUGCCUGCAGAUAUACACAAAGUGUGGGAGACGAGCAAUACCUGCGAUGAUGAUGGGAUCUGCAGCAACAUUCAUAGACUGUGAUGAGUGCUGGAAAUUGUUGCUGGUGACAAGGAAAGGGUCCCUUUACUUAUGGGAUUUAUUUAACCGAACCUGUCUUCUUAAUGACUCGCUGGCAUCUCUUGUUGCUUUGGGACCUAGUUCCUCUGCCAAAGAUGCAGGAACAAUCAAAGUUAUAUCUUCAAAACUAUCAAAAUCCGGUUCUCCUCUCGUUGUUUUGGCCACUCGCCAUGCUUUUCUAUUUGACAUGAGUCUCAAGUGUUGGUUAAGGGUUGCAGAUGACUGCUUCCCUGCAUCAAAUUUCGCCAGCUCUUGGAGUUUAGGUUCAAUUCAUAGUGGUGAGCUGGCAUCCUUGCAGGUUGAUGUUAGAAAAUAUUUGGCCCGGAAACCAGGCUGGACUAGAUUGACAGAUGACGGAGUGCAGACACGUGCUCAUUUGGAAGCUCAACUGGCUUCUUCUUUGGCUUUGGGAUCUCCGAAUGAAUAUCGGCAGUGUUUAUUAUCCUAUGUUCGCUUUCUUGCAAGAGAAGCAGAUGAAUCUCGAUUACGAGAAGUCUGCGAGAGUUUCCUUGGACCUCCAACAGGGAUGGCUGAAGAAACAUUAUCAGAUUCAAAAAGCUUAGCAUGGGAUCCUCUUGUGCUUGGACUGAAGAAACACAAACUUCUUAAGGAGGAUAUCCUUCCAUCAAUGGCUUCAAACAGGAAAGUCCAGAGACUGCUUAAUGAAUUUAUGGACCUUUUAUCGGAAUACGAGAUUGCCGACACCAAUCAAGAGGUGUUACUCAAGACAGCGUUGCCAAAAGCCGAUCAAAUUGAGAGUUGUUCGUUAACAACAGAUAAAGUCAAUAAUGCUCUGCAAAAAUCAGAUACGAACCCUCGUGAAUGUCAAGCCAUAGAUUGCAACAAGGACAGUCCCCAGGUAGCAAAAGAUCCAACGGAUUCCACUCCUUCCCUUGGAAAUGAAGAAAAUCCAGAUGCAUGUGGAGCUGAUGAAGUUGUCCCAGAUUCCCAGCCGAUGGAAGACGGUUCUUGACUUGGACAUAGAUAGUGCAUGCAAUUGGAGGAAGCCUUUCACCAUGUAGUGUAUCAACUACUUGGUAUGUUUUCUAACAUGGCCUGAAUGAAUGAAUGUUUAAUCCACACCCUUCUGCAUUUUCCAAGCAAAUCUAUUACAUUACACCUUUUUCCAUUUUGGCCAAUAGGAAUCAAUUUCUAUUGAUGCUCAAAUUAUGUCUAAUUUGUACACUAUAAGAGCUUUCAUCUAAAGCUAGCUGAUCCAUCUUCACUAACUGGAGUACAACAGUUCUUCUAAAGAUAGCAAAGAUAUUUAGUUUCUAUUUUGCUUUAUACAAUUUCAAGUGCUGGCAAAAUUAGAGCUGGUCAAUGUUGUAAAUCUGAACCAUGGUGUUAGUUUUGUCUAACAACUAUGGUAAACUCCAUCUCUGUAUAAUAUGUGACCGCUGAUGGUGUUUUUUAUUUAUUUAUUAAUUUUUUUUAUGGAAGCAAUUAUUAUAUACUUUAAUAAA